CCUCCUCCCCUCCCGUCCCCGCCUGCCUCCAGCCUUGCCCCAUGUUCGUGCUGGAGAAGCCGGCGGGGCAGCCGGCGACGAGUAGAAGUGGUGGGUUUCCGAACAUGGCGUCCGUGGGGGAUUUUAACGUGCUCAGCUCCAGCAUCCCGGCCACCAAGGUGGAGCUCUCCGUGUCCUGCAGAAAUCUUUUGGACAGAGAUACGUUUUCUAAAUCUGAUCCAAUCUGUGUUUUGUACACACAAGCCAUUGGAAACAAAGAAUGGAGAGAGUUUGGAAGAACAGAAGUAAUCGAUAAUACUUUAAAUCCAGAUUUUGUUAGAAAAUUUAUAAUGGACUACUUCUUUGAAGAAAGAGAGAAUCUGCGAUUUGAUUUCUAUGAUGUUGACUCAAAGAGCCCGAACCUAUCAAAACAUGAUUUUUUGGGACAGAUGUUUUGUACACUGGGAGAAAUAGUUGGAUCACAGGGGAGCAGAUUGGAAAAACCAAUUGUAGGAAUUCCUGGGAAGAAAUGUGGGACAGUCAUAGUAACAGCAGAGGAACUAGGCUGUUGCCGAGAUUCAGUUUUAAUGCAGUUUUGUGCGAACAAACUAGACAAGAAGGACUUUUUUGGCAAAUCUGAUCCUUUCCUCGUAUUUCAUCGAAGCAACGAAGAUGGCAGUUUUACAAUCUGCCACAAAACUGAAGUCAUAAAAAAUACAUUAAAUCCAGUGUGGCAGGCGUUCAAGAUUUCUGUCAGAGCACUCUGUAAUGGAGACUAUGACCGGACAAUUAAAGUAGAAGUGUAUGAUUGGGAUAGAGACGGAAGCCAUGAUUUCAUCGGAGAAUUCACAACAAGUUACAGAGAGUUGUCGAGGGGACAAUCUCAGUUCAAUGUGUAUGAGGUAAUAAAUCCAAAGAAAAAGGGAAAAAAGAAAAAGUAUGUUAAUUCUGGAACAGUAACAUUGCUUUCCUUCCUAAUUGAAACAGAAGUUUCAUUCCUUGACUAUAUUAAAGGCGGUGGCAAUCCUAUGUUCCUGUUGUGGACUUUAACAGAAGCAGAAAAUGGCCAUCCAUCCGUGUUUACCGGAAGUUUGUACUGAAUGAAGUAUAUGUAUGCACAAAUGCACAAAGAAACAGUUUUUACCUCUAGUGUUUUGUGAAGCAUGUUGUACAUAUUUGCCACAACCAUCUUAUCCCCAUUCAUUCAAUAUUCAUCUCUACAAGAAGAGUGUGUGUAAGGAUCUGAAGAAUUGUUUUAUAUCUAAAUUUGGAAAGAAAAAUAUAUGGUGGAUGCAUUUGUAAUCUUUUCAGAGUGGUUUAACACAUUUCUCACUGAGAUGUUACAAUACAAGUUAAUAAACCUAAUUACAUUCUGUAGACAAAUAAUAGAAAUUUUGAUUACAAAUAAUACUUUGUUGUUCUUACUGAUAUUUUUGUGUAUAUCUCUGUAACUGCAAGUCAAAGAAGACCUAUGGUGAUAAUUACAGUUUAAGAUUUUUUCUGCUCUUUUAUAUAGAGUAUAAUUCAGCAGAAUGCUCUGUGCUUAAAAGUGUGAGCAGAGCAUUAAUACUUCUUGUUUAAUUGUUUCAUAUAGAAUCCUGUUUAGCGAUUCAUACCGUUAUUUGUGUGUACAUGCCAGUGAAAACUGUAGAAGUACUUGUAUAAAAUGUUACCUUUCUGCAACAUAUACAGUUUUAUAAACAUGACCAGGAGGCUGAGACUCAGACUCAUUCUCUUGGCUUCUCUCUCCCUUCAUUUAUCUCAUUUAAUACUACUACAUAUCAGUUGCAGUCCGGUUGGCAGAUUAUGAGGGAAGGGGGAAGAGAAGAUUUCAUCAUUAAUCAGUCUGUUUUCCCAUCAUGUCCUCCAAAAUUGUUUUUUUUAAUUCCCUGGUUUUCUUCCAUUUAGUUAGGCAAGGGUAAGAAAACACUGAUUCUGCAAUAGGCACAAUAUUGAAUCUUUGGUAAAUGGAUGCUUAUGAAAUACUUGAUGUUCAGAACUUUCAUUGUAAUUGAUUUGAGGUGUCUAGAAGUAAUAUUGAUUUAAUGGAAAUCUUAACAGCUUUAACUGCAAUAAAUUGGGAUUACAGUCUUAAUUUCAUUUUUGGUUUGAGUCUGCAUCUGUUUAAUUGGGAUAUUCCAUUAUCAGUAUCAUCAAUAUGACUUGGUUGUGGUUUUUUUUUAAAGGUCUGAAGAAUUAAAUAGAAGUUUGUCCAUAAAUUCUAAUUCCAUUUUACUACACAACACUGGAUUUUAUAGCAGUGUAACAGGAAAGAGGUGGAUGUCUCUUUUGCAUCCACCUACUUCUUAAGAAUCUUACAUCUUACUAGCUGGCGUUUGCUUACAUCUUGAUACUUUAUCCUGUAUUUUGCCAUACUGACCUUCCCACAUUUAAAAUAGGUACAGUGUGCUAAGAAUUGAUGUAUAUUUCAAAAUCUGUUUUCUCCUGCCACUUAGCAGUGAAAAACAUAUCCCUAUCAAAAUACCUCCAAAUGUAUGGAUAAGCUCCGGAAUGCAAGGUAUAAGGCCGUGAACAGGAGAGCAAUUGAAAUUAUCCUGGUUUACAGGAAUGACUGUCAAACCGUUAGUUCGUAGUCUGCUUGGUUUUGUUUGGAAGAGAAACCAGGAGGCAAAAAGUUGCAAGAUUCAGGACAGAAAGGAUAUUUCUGUGCAGAAGUUCCUAGACUCUUUGACUUAGAAUAGGGCGUGUACUACCAAGUUACUCUAGGCAUCUAAAUCAGUGACAUUCAAUAAGCUGAAUCUUUGUGCAACUCAAAAAUAUUGUCAUCUCCUAUGUCCCAGAUUAGUGGAAGAUAGGAAGAAAUGUUUUUCUCCUGUCCUGUUAAAAGCCUUUCCUUCAUCCAGGUUUUUGGAAAUGAACACUCACACAUUGUUUAGGUUCUGAGGGCUUUCGACAUACAUUUUUAACGUAACUGUAUUUAAUCAUUAAUGGUCAAAUGGAAAUCUAGAACUCUUUUCAUGACAGCUAUUUCCAUCCAACCACUACACCAUAUAGUGUAGUGGCAUGCAUAUUUGAUGUUCAGAGCAGACCUGCUGUGAGAUAAACUUAUGAAGCAAUGGCUGUCCUAACUACACAUUUUGGAGGCUUUACAUAUAUUUCUUGUAUCCUUGGAGAAUAAUAAGGAGUAAUAAGACUAUACAAGAGCAAGGUCUUGUAGAGGCUUUGUCAGAAGUAUGUUCUCUAAGUUGAUACAGCAUUUGGCCAAACAGGAAUCUGCAAAGGGGAAAUUAUAACUGUCACUGGGGACUUAAAUACCAUGCAGAGGAUGCAGCCUGUUGGUAGUGUUACUUACUCCAUUAGCUCCACUGUAGAGUUCUGCGCAGUAAGUGAUCCUCAAACCUUCAACAGCUCCCCCCGCUAACAGACCAGCUGGUUGUCACUCUGAAGCCACAGGAGGAAAUAUGUAUUUCCUUCCAAUGUACUGUUUAAAAAACCCUAAUUGUUACAAAUGUUAUCAAGACUAAUCAAAUGCCACAUCCAGACUUGUUUGUUCCCUUAUGUAUAUCAGUGAUGACAGAGCUCUUAUUAAAAGACAGUAAGUUUUGACUUGCUUUCCUAAAGAAACAAACAAAAUGGCUACUCUGUCACUGUGAGGUGAAAAUUACUGUUUCUUUUAGGAUACUUUCUCCAUUUUUCAUGGUAGUAUAGAGUAAAAUCACCUGUACAGGUAGCAAAUACGCCAUGUCUUUCUAUACCAGCUAAAUACUGGCAGAGCAGUAGUGAUCUGUCCAGCUCUGAAUCCGUAAGAGACAUUGCUCUGCUUGGAUAUUUUACUGUAGUUCUCCCUUGAGAUGGGACAUGAAGCAUCUCAGCCUGCCUAGCCAGGUGUCAGUGUUUUAGCAGCUUUUCUGCAAAGCCUCAUGACCUUGCAGCAUCACUCGUAGCAGGUGUCAUGAGCUUUUAGUAUAGCUCCUUGGAGAACAACACAGCUGGAAAAGCAAGGACAUGGCCUUAGACAAAGAAUUGUCUUUAUCAGAAACAGAAGUUGUGUUCUUUUGAUGUAUUUUAAAAUUUGCGUCAUUAAAUCAGGCACCUAAAUUUGUGUCACGGACUCCAAUUUUAUCAGCUUUUUAAAAUUUUGAAUGUUUUUAUUCUGAAUUAAGGAAUUUUGAGCUAAUGUCCCUUAUACAAAAUACAUUAAUCAAGACUACUAUUUAAAAAUAGGUACUUGUUGAUGAAGGCUAAUAGGUUAAUAAUAACAGUAACUUAAAAAUAUGUAGUUGAUGCAACUUAAGAAUUAGUGUAUUAAAAAGAAAUAAAACAUGCAGGAGAAAUAAAAGCAGGACAGUGGACUUUCAGCUGUAUUCAUUACAUUUAAUUUGGUUCUAGAAUAAUGUGUGUUACCAUGAAAACACUUCUUGAAAUGUCAUCCAGAUUAAUUUUCCAGCCAUCCCAUUUGGCUUCCAACGUAGUUAUAUCUGAUGUUUUCAUGGCACACAGCUUUUAAAUUAGCCUUUCUGGCUUAAAUUUUAGUUAUGACUGGUUAAUUGUUUCAGUCUUGGUGAAAUGGUAAAGAAAUAAAUAGCUUUUCUUAAUCUUUAAUACAAAAAUCAUUCACAAUAUUACAGCUGCUUUUGAAAAUAUUUUUGUAAUGGUGUUAAUUUGAAGUUAAAUUGUUUGAAAGACC